GCACAGCUGCCGCCACCCGGGGCUGGCAGCCGGCUGGGAGCACACGGCACUGUGGCGGGCCCCGCUGCAGACUGACCUGGGAAGCAGUGGCCUCUAGCCCAGGGGGGACCCCGCCAUGGCCCUCCUGAUACACCUGCUGGUCUGCAUCUUCGGAAUGGGUUCCUGGGUAGCCAUCAACGGGCUCUGGGUCGAGCUGCCCCUGCUGGUGACGGAGCUGCCCGAGGGCUGGGAGCUGCCCUCCUACCUCACAGUGGUCAUCCAGUUGGCCAACAUCGGCCCCCUCCUGGUCACCCUGUUCCAUCACUUCCGGCCCGGCUGCCUUUCUGAGGUGCCCAUCAUCUUCAUCUUGCUGGGGGUGGGCACCAUCGCCUGUGUCCUCUUCGCCUUCCUCUGGAACGUGACCUCCUGGCUACUGGGUGGCUCCCACAGCAUCGCCUUUAUAGUCCUCACCUUCUUCCUGGCCCUGGUGGACUGUACCUCUUCGGUCACCUUUCUGCCCUUCAUGAACCGGCUGCCCACCCAAUACCUCACCACCUUCUUUGUGGGCGAAGGGCUCAGCGGCCUCCUGCCCGCCCUGGUGGCUCUUGCCCAGGGCUCGGGUCUCACCACCUGCGUCAACGUCACUGAGGUGUCAGACGUCACGCCAAGCCCCAUGACCACCAGGGAAACCAACGUCACACAGGGAGUUCUCAGCACCCUGGCGUCAGCCCUCCCGGGGAGGACGGCCCCCGCAGUGCGGCUGGAGAGCCGCUACCUCCCGGCGCACUUCUCGCCCCUGGUCUUCUUCCUCCUGCUGUCCUGCAUGAUGGCCGGCUGCUUUGUCGCGUUCUUUCUCCUCCAGCGCCAACGCAGGCGCUGGGAAACGUCCGCAGAGGACCUCAUCAACUCCCAGAUCACCCUCCGCUCCAUCUCGCCCCGGGAGCAGAAGGACGUGGGCCCCCCAGACAGCAGCCAGGGCCAGGAGCACGGGGAGAAGGCGGCCCCCGACUCCCCCGCUCGCCUGGCCUUCAUCUACACCCUGGUGGCCUUUGUGAACGCGCUCACCAACGGCGUGCUGCCCUCCGUGCAGACCUACUCCUGCCUGUCCUACGGGCCUGUCGCCUACCACCUGGCCGCCACACUCAGCUCCAUGGCCAACCCUCUCGCCUCCUUCCUCUCCAUGUUCCUGCCUAACAGGUCUCUGCCAUUCCUCGGGGUCCUCACAGUGCUCGGGACCAGCUUUGGAGCCUACAACAUGGCCAUGGCUGUGAAGAGCCCCUGCCCCCUCCUGCAGGACCACUGGAGUGGGGACGUCCUCAUUGUGGCCUCGUGGGUGCUGUUCAUCGGCUGCCUGAGCUACGUCAAGGUGAUGCUGGGCGUGAUCCUGCGCGACCGCAGCCGCAGCGCCCUCCUGUGGUGCGGGGCGGCGGUGCAGCUGGGCUCGCUGCUCGGGGCGGUGCUCAUGUUCCCGCUGGUCAACGUGCUGCGGCUCUUCGUGUCUGCCGACUUCUGCAACCUGCGCUGCCCCGCCUAGGCCGGACACCCACCCCGCCCCGUCACCGAGUCCUGCAAACUGCGACCCAGAGAGGCAAGGGAUGUGCCCAAGGGCACGGAGCAAGCAAGUGGUGGGAGCAGGGAGGCAGAGCCCGAGUACUGAACGAGGAACGCUGAACACCCAUUAGGGAUCUUGAGGAAUGUCCUAGGCUUCCUAUGGGACCUGGAGGACUCUAUCACAGUGCCUGUGUCUCCACCGCUUCACAUCUUUCCUUUGACUCUUGAGAGAGAACUGAUUUGCAGCAUCCAGCUGGAGCCCACUGAGGAUGUUAGACAGCAAACAGCUGGGAGGGUGAGCUGUUCCUUGAAAGCUGUGUGGCGUCGGGGAGGUCACUUGACUUCUCUGUGCUUCUGUUUCCUCAUCCAUAAAAUGGGGAUUAUAAGAAAGAGCACCUACCUCAUAGGCUUGGCCCAAGGAUAAAACGGUGAAGCACCCAGCAUGCGGCGAGCCCUCCUGGGCGCUUCCUGAUCUGACACCCCACAGUAAUAACAAGAGUGGCAAUGAACACGACCUAGAAGUGGCCAGAGGGGUUGAGAGAGGGCCCCUGCCCUCUGUCCCUUUUCCCUCAUCCUCACGGAGGCGCUCCUACAAGACAGAUGGCUAAUGGUAGAAUCUUGGGCACCUUGGAUUUCUAAUCCCCAGUAUCGAGGGACAUUGUACCCCCUACACACCUUCCUGUCAUCCUUCCUGGCGCAUGAAGCCCUACUCCUUGGAGAGUAAGUGCCCUGCUGGGAGGCAGAGCUGAUUGGAGCGAGCCAGCCCCAACUCCUAAAAGUGAACUCCCUGCCGGAGUUCACUAACUCCAGGCUGCGGCCUGGACACUGAGGACCCUUGGACACAGUUUCCUCAACUGGAGGGGAAAGGGGCGACAGUUAUUUUGCUUUACUUUUUGUCUUUCUUUUUUUAAAAUAAAGAUAUUCUCUGCUUUUGCACAGA